AUGACUGACCAGUCCCUCUAUCCCCAGGGGAACUCCACAAAGGAGUCAGAGGAAGAAUAUAUGAGCAGCAAAUUCAAAUCUACAUCAGUAGAAGCGGAAGACGAACAGAGGGCUUCUGGUGAACCAAAGAUACCAAAAAACUCAGCGAAGGGGACCAAAAGAAAAAGAUCUGGGGAAAAUGACGAAGUUUGCUGUCCACAAAAGAUGCCACAAUGUAGUGACAGCGUAAGAUCUCAGAAGAGGAUACCAAUUCCUCCAUUACCUUCUAAACUGCCGCCAGUCAACCUGAUUCACCGAGAUGUUUUGCGGGCUUGGUGCCAGCAAUUGAAACUGAGCACCAAGGGUCAGAAAUUAGAGGGAUAUAAACGACUCUGCGAGUAUGCUUACCCUCAUCAAAAGGACAUUCCUGCCACAGCAAAGGAGGCCAGGAUCCUAUCGGCAUCACGAAGGAAAGCAAAGAUGGCCCAGUGGGAACUGCUACUGGGAAGUUCUGAUAAAAAGAUGUCCUCUGAUAGAACUGAUUCUCCUAAAGUGGCUGCUUCCUCUGAGGAGGGGGCACCUGCCCUUGAAGGGCCUCCCGCUCUCCAAGAAGGAGAUGAUAUAACUUUAUCAACUUCUGACCCAGAAGCUCUGUUUGCCUCCUGGAGCAGAACUGCAGCGGGGGCUGGGAAGGUGGAGUCAGUGGAGUCACAAGAGGCCUAUGGGGUCAGGUGGUGCGUGGUCCAUGGGAGAAGUCUCCCUGCUAACACCGAGGGCUGGGUUCGUUUGCAGUUUCAUGCUGGACAGCCUUGGGUUCCUGAAAAACGAAGGACAGUGUCUGCACUCUUCCUGCUACCUGCCAGCAACGUCCCACCUCCACACCUGGAGGACAAUAUGCUGUGCCCCAAAUGCGUUCGAAGGAAUAAAGUAUUAACAAAAAGUCUGCAAUGA